AGUUGUGAAUGCGACGGGACGCUCGGAGAGGGCAGGCUGGAGGGGCGCGAAGGAGCGCGGAGUGCCGCCCUGCUCCUGCUCCCGCCCCUGCUGCAUCCGUCCGGUCCCGUCCGUCCCGUCCCGUCCCGUCCCGUCCCGUUCCCGCCGGGCCCGAGCCCGACCCCGCCCGGCCGCGGCUCGCCCCUCCUUCGCGGCGCUCGCUGCCGCGCACGGGGCUCGAAAGAUGGAGGACUACGGGCGAUUCUUGGCGCUGCUGGCUUCUACGCUGCUGGUCGGCUUCUUGUCGGUCAUCCUCUCCCUCGUCUGGGUCUUCCACUACCGCGAGGGGCUGAGCUGGGACGGCAGCCUGGGGGAAUUCAACUGGCAUCCCGUCCUCAUCAUCACGGGCUUCGUCUUCAUCCAGGGCAUCGCUAUUAUUGUGUACAGAUUGCCCUGGACCUGGAAGUGCAGCAAACUCCUAAUGAAGUUCAUACAUGCUGGAUUAAAUACCAUAGCUAUGAUUCUUGCAAUCGUUUCUAUGGUAGCCGUGUUUGAAUUCCACAAUGCCAAGAACAUUCCUAACAUGUACAGUCUGCACAGCUGGAUUGGGCUGGCUGCUGUUAUAUUUUAUUCUCUCCAGCUUUUCUUGGGUUUUGCUGUCUUUCUGCUCCCAUUUGCUCCAGUUCAUCUCCGCGUAGCUCUCAUGCCAAUACAUGUUUAUUCGGGUCUCACCAUCUUUGCAACAGUGAUUGCAACAGCUCUCAUGGGAAUCACAGAAAAGCUUAUAUUUGCAUUGAAAAAUCCUGCAUACAGUGCAUCCCCACCAGAAGCAACUUUGGUCAACUGUCUUGGUAUUUUGCUUGUCAUAUUUGGUUCACUUAUUUUGUGGAUGGCAAGCAGGCCCCACUGGAAGCGGCCCCCAGCAGAGAACGCUAAAAUUCUGAGGCCCAUUGCAGCAACUCCUGAAGGCACAGAAGUAGAAUCCACAAUGACAAACAGCAAUGCAGAUAAAUCUGAUCUGAGGAGCAAUACUGAAGCAGCCAGAAAACAAAACAUCAAAUUUGAUGAAGCAGGACAAAGAUCAACUAUGUAAAGAAAAUACACAGAAUAAAAGUACUAUUAUACCUCCAAAUUCCCUCUGGUGAGGGUCCUUCUAAUUUAGUUACACUGAUAUGUAAGUAGGUUGGGGGUUCAUUUUCAAUAUGGCUUGCUGAAAGAUACUCAAGUUUUCUGCAUAUGGAUUUAAAUUUCUGUAAGUCCCAAACAUAUUUUAUUGUUCCAUGACCAGUCCAUGCGUUGUUUAAAAAACAAGAGCAUGAAUGACAUCACAAUCAUCAUUUGAUUGGGAAAUCACAUAAUUUGAAAGUGUGUUCCUUAUCACUUUUUAACUUAAUGCUUAUAUCUCUUAUAGUCAUGAAAAAUUUAACAAGAUUCAGAGUAAAUUUUGAGUGAUUUUGCAGGUUAUGAAUCAGCCAUGAAGUAUGCCAGACAGAAAAAUUUAGUUUGUCACAUAUAAAUGUUCUGGUAAUGUUCACUUUUUUAAAGCUCUGAUUUGUCUAGCUGAUUAACCCCCCCACCAGCUGCUAUGUUCUAUGGGAUUUGAGGUCAUUCUGCACUUUACAGAGU